AUGACCCAUGCUUUCCUCUUGAACUUGAACAAUACCUCUUCGAAAUUCAUCGAUGACAGGGAACAACAGAGCCUAAUGUUACUCGGCGUCCUCCUAAAACCGUUGAAUCAAACGGCAACUCUUUAUCGACGUUACUUGCCGUCACUUUCUCUGUCUGGCGUUUCCUCUUCAGCUUCUUCAAGAUGGUUCUCCGAAGGCUCGGCGACCACCGACUUUCCGGUUACUCGGUUGUCCGAGUUGCCUAGAGUGCCGAAAUUGGUCGAGGGAUGUGACUAUGAGCAUUGGCUGGUGGUCAUGGAGGCUCCCCGGGGAUACCCAUUUCGAGAUGAGAUCGUUAGUGGGUAUAUCAAGACCUUAGCUAUGGCUUUGGGCAGUGAAGAGGAAGCUAAGAAAUCAAUAUACUCUGUUUCCACCAAGUAUUACUAUGCAUUUGGUUGCAAGGUCCGGGAAAAUUUGACUGACAAAAUCAAGUACCUGCCUAAUGUGAAAUGGGUUCUACCAGAUUCUUAUUUAUGUUAUGGUGAAGAUAGCUAUGGAGGAGAACCAUUCAUUGAUGGCGAGGUGGUUGCAUAUGACGACAAAUACCAUGUGGAUUGGGUUCGUGAUGAGAAGGAUGACAAAUUUAAAAGCACAACACAUUCAAGGAAAGCUCGGAGGAGACGAAAGAAAAAUAAAGUUCUGUCAUAGGAUGUGCAGUUAUCACUGAAUUUUAGAAAGCUUACAUCCAGAUCUCAGUGAGUUAUCUGGUCAUCAUGAUUCUGCGUAGCCACUCGAUUCAGAUUUUGAUGAGGCAGUCAUUCUAUUGGAUUUUUAAAUAACAUCAACAUAAUAUUUUUCAUUCACAUCACUUUCUGGAGCAGCUGGCUCCAUGACAUCUCUUGGAGCUUGUAGCUCCCUUUCAUUUGGGGCAUAUUAGUAUAUUACCCUCUCUUCUUUUGGGGUGUUGAACCCGUCUAACAUCACACUAGUGUCUUCUACAUAGUGUUUUAUUUAGCCUCCAAAUGUACAUAUUCUAGACUUCAUCUACAUUAGCUCAUCCUAGUAUAUUCCAGAACAAUCUAGAUAUGUGCAUCAAAUAUGCAGCACUAAUCUCCAACACAUUCAAAUGGGUCAUCUGGACAGGAUGGUAUAAGGUUUGUCAAACUUUAUGUUAAACUUAUACCUUGCUGGUCUGUUUGGUGGGCUGAUGUUCAGAGCUCAUGCAAUUAAUUGUUGGAUAGCAAACUGGGAUUCUGGCAUUCUGGCACAAGUGAAAGAAACAUAUGAAUCCAAGGUCCCGCUUGAUGCACCGUCUAGGAAUGGUAGCUGAAUGUAAUAUAUCUUUGAGAAUGUAUAAACCCAGGAAACUAAAUCCUGUGAUUAUAUUUACCUUUGACUUGUAAUUUGAAUGUUUGAUAGUAAAUCAAUUCAUGUCUAGUCUCCACUUUGAU